CCGCACCGUCCGUUAUUUUGUUCAACGGUUCAGAUGUUUCCACCACUCGUGCUUAUCAUUCCUCUUCCUCACUCCACUGUCUCCUUUCUUCGCAUUCUUCUCCUCUGUGAAAAGAGAGAACAAAAAAAUGGCUAACUUCUUCUUCUUCGAUCAUCUUUUCCUUCUUGACCCAAUCUGAUGCUUAUAUUACUGUAAUCUAAACAUUAAUCAAUAACUAAAAAAGACCCCAAGUUUUGACGAACAAAGCUAUUUUCUUCUUCUUUUUUCUUUUCUUUGUGCCCCUUUUGUUUGGAUUCUUGUUUCGAAGUUAUGGGGUUGUAAUUUUUUGUGUUGGGAAUUGAUUGUUUGAGACAUUCAAGCGAAACCCACUUGUACUUUUCGAUUUUGAGCUCGUUUUUAGCUCAAAGUUGGGAGCUUUUUUUUUCCCUUUGUUACCCAGUUCUGUUUUUGGGGAUUUUUGUGUUAGUAAUGGUUACCGAUACUUAUUCGAAAUUGGGUACUGAUAUUUCACUGCGAUCGGCGCUGAAAAGUGGCGAUUAUGGUGAAGAUUUAGGGAUGUUGAGAAGACAACAGCAGCACGAGGCUGUGAGUGACAGAGAGAAGGAACUCAACCUUUGCCGGAGUGGCUCUGCGCCGCCGACCGUUGAAGGCUCUUUAACCGCCGUUGGAGAUAUGUUUAAUGCUUCUGACUUAUUGGGAUUCAACAAAACCGCCGGAAAAGGUUUCAUUUCUGAUGAAGAGCUUCGUUCUGAUCCUGCUUAUGUUAACUAUUACUAUUCCAAUGUGAAUCUGAACCCUCGCCUUCCGCCGCCGCUGCUUUCUAAGGAGGAUUGGCGGUUUGCACAGCGGUUACACGGCGGAGGCGGCGCCGGGGGGUUGGGUGGGAUUGGAGAUAGGAGGGAAGGCAGUAGAGGUGGUGAUGAAGGGGUUAAUCGAAAUGGGUCACUUUUCAUGUUGCAGCCUGGAGUUGGAACCAAAGAGGAUUCCGGUAUCGAAUCAAGGCGGGUUGCAGGUGAUUGGACCGGCGAUGGUCUUAUCGGGCUGCCGGGGUUAGGACUUGGGAGUAGGAAGAAAAGCAUUGCUGAGAUCCUUCAGGAUGAUAUAAGCAAUGGAAUGAAUAUCUCCCGGCAUCCUUCUCGUCCGACUAGUCGCAAUGCAUUUGAGGAUUCUUUGGAAGCUUCAGAAAGUCAAUUUGCUUACUUACAUCAAGAUAUGGCAACAAUUGGUGGGAACAAACAGGGAAUAUCUGCAGUCCAAGGGGUUGGUGCCUCUGCACCUCAUACUUAUGCAUCAGCUGUAGGAGCUUCCUUGUCGAGAAGUGCGACUCCCGAUCCUCAACUUGUAGCCAGGGCUCCAAGUCCUCGUAUUCCUCCAGUUGGUGGGAGAAUAUCUAGCACUAUGGAGAAAAGAAAUGCUUCUGGGCCAAAUUCUUUCAAUGGGGUUUCGCUGAAGGCGAGUGACCCUUCAGACCUGGUGUCUUCUUUUUCAGGCAUGAAUUUGUCCAAUGGUAUUCUUGAUGAUGAGAGCCACUUGCGGUCGGAUAUUCAGCAGGAGAUUGAUGAUCGUCAUAACUUCUUCAAUCUGCAAACUGAUCAAAAUGAUAUGAAAAGGUAUCUAGGUUUGAAGAACACAGACUUGGGGAAGUUUCAUCUGCAUUCAUCUUCUCAUUCAGCUAGAGGAUCUCAUCAAAAUAAUUCUCUUGCGUCAGGUGUUGAUCAAUCAGAAUUCAACAAGCAAGCUGUUUCUUCCCCUACUUCAUAUAUGAAGGGACCAUAUAAACAAACACUUAAUAAUGCAAGAGGUUCACCAUCUCGCAAUCAAAAUAUCGACAAUGCAAAUUCUUCUUUCUUGAAUUAUGGAUUCAGUGGUUAUACUACAAAUCCUCCUGUUUCCUCAAUUGUUGGGACCCAUCUCGGUAGUGGUAAUUUACCUCCACUGUAUGAGAAUGCUGCUGCUGCUGCAUCAGCAAUGGGAAUGAGUGCCUUGAACAAUAGAGCAUUCAAUGGAUUGGCUUUAGGAUCGAGUAUGUUGGAAACAGCCAGUGAAUUUCAAAAUAACAGGUUGGAAAAUCAUAAUGCGAUGAACGGUAUGCAGUUACCUGGACUGGAUCCAUCCUACAUUCAAUAUUUGGGAUCAAAUGAAUACGCUGCUGCACAGGUGGGCGGGAUUAGUGACCCUCCAUUGGAUAGUGAUAGUUUGAUGGGUAAUGGAUAUAUGGAUUUAUUGGGAGUCCAAAAAGCUUACCUGGGAGCAUUGCUUUCACCUCAAAAUUCACAAUUUGUUCUACCUUAUUUUGGUAAAUCCGGCAGUCUAAAUCAUAACUACUAUGGCAACCCAAGCUAUGGUCUUGGCAUGUCGUAUCCCGGAAGUCCAUUAGCUGGAUCCCUUCUUCCUGGCUCUCCUGCUGGAUCUGGUAAUGCCCUCAACCACAUCAGUAAGGCCUUGCGCUUCUCUUCGGGAAUGAGAAAUUUUGCUGGAGGUAGCCUUGGAGGUUGGCAUUCUGAAGGUGGUGGCAAUAUGAAUGGAGGUUUUGUGUCUUCUUUGCUAGAUGAAUUCAAAAGCAAUAAAAGCAAAUGUUUUGAACUUUCAGAAAUUGCUGGCCAUGUUUUUGAGUUCAGCUCCGAUCAAUAUGGAAGUCGUUUCAUUCAGCAGAAGCUUGAAACCGCCUCUGUAGAAGAGAAAGAUAUGGUUUUCCAUGAAAUUAUGCCACAAGCUCUUUCCUUAAUGACUGAUGUGUUUGGUAAUUAUGUUGUUCAAAAGUUUUUUGAGCAUGGAACUGCAUCCCAAAUAAGGGAACUAGCUGAUCAACUCAACGGACACGUCCUAGCACUCAGUCUUCAAAUGUAUGGUUGUCGAGUGAUUCAGAAGGCAAUCGAAGUGGUUGAUGUUGACCAGCAGACUAAAAUGGUUACAGAAUUAGAUGGUCAGAUCAUGCGUUGUGUACGUGACCAAAAUGGGAACCAUGUUGUACAGAAGUGCAUUGAAUGCAUUCCUGAGGAAGCCAUUCAAUUUAUUGUUUCAACAUUUUAUGAUCAAGUCGUUACAUUAUCGACUCAUCCAUACGGUUGUCGUGUUAUACAGAGAGUCCUUGAGCACUGCCACAACCCAAAAACGCAGCAUAUAAUGAUGGACGAGAUUUUGCAGUCUGUCUGCACGUUGGCUCAAGAUCAGUAUGGAAAUUAUGUUGUGCAGCAUGUAUUGGAGCAUGGGAAGCCACACGAACGUUCUGCUAUUAUAAAGAAACUGACUGGGCAGAUAGUUCAAAUGAGUCAACAGAAGUUUGCCUCCAAUGUCAUCGAGAAAUGUCUAACUUUUGGAACUUCUGCUGAACGCCAGGCCUUGGUGAAUGAGAUGCUUGGUACCACAGAUGAAAACGAGCCCCUUCAGGUUAUGAUGAAGGAUCAGUUUGCAAACUACGUUGUACAGAAAGUGCUGGAAACUUGUGAUGACCAGCAACUUGAACUAAUUCUUAAUAGGAUAAAAGUUCAUCUCAAUGCUCUGAAGAAGUAUACCUAUGGUAAGCACAUAGUCGCGCGGGUGGAGAAACUUGUUGCUGCUGGAGAGAGGAGGAUUAGCAUUCUGACUCCAAAGCCAGCACAGGUGGUUGCUUAGGAAAACAAGGAAGAAAGUUGUACAGCUAACCGAGGAUAGCACAAAGCACGCGGUGUCUCUUUCCGCUUCCGUUUAAUAUCUCUGUCUAGUAAGUAAUAGCUGCUGUAUCUAUAUGAUUCAGAUAGAAGCUGACAUGAAAUAAGGAAAAAAACUAGUACAAAAAGUUAAAAAAAAAAAAGUUAAAAAAAAAGGAACUGUUGGCUGUACAUUUUAUAAUCUUGAGAGUAUAGAGAAAAUGAAGGUUAGAUGAAGAGAGAAUUGAGGGCAGAUGAACAAAAGCUGAUGGCUCUGCCCCUAAAGAGAAGAGAUAAGAAGUUUUAGUAUUUGAGUUUUUGUUUUUAAGGGUGUAAAAAGGGAGAGGAGGAAGAGGGAAGUAGAAAAUGUUUAAUGGGAUGGCGACGACAACGAUCAACGAUGAUGAUCGAUUCAUGGGUUGUACAAAUAUUAGCUGGUGGAGUUAUGUUUUUUUUUUUUUCUUUUCUUUUUGUUAGGAUUUGUUUUCUUUUGAUUAUGUAUGAGAUUUUGAUUCUUCAUUUUGUUAUUUCAUCAACUUUUUUUCUUUCUUAAAGUUGAGGUUUUCUUUUCUUUUUAUUUUUUGCUUGUAAAAUGAUCAUUUAGUUGUCAUUUUUGUUGAAUUAUGUAGUCAACUGAUGCUUGCUGAGAUGAGAAAUCUAUUAUGGUUAUAACGAUUUUGUUUUUAGUUGAUUUUGAAUUUGUUUUAAUAUACAAAUUUUAUUUUUCAAACCAUAUUAAAUUUUUAGGUUUUUAACAAGAAAUUAGGAACAAAUUUCAAAAUUUCAAAAUGUUUUAAUAUACAAAAUGUUCUUACAGGUCUUUUUGUCAAAUUAUAAAAUGUUUUAAAAUAUUGAUAUGUAUUAUUUUUAUAUAAAAUUGAAUAUUAGGUUCAUUUUGGAACUUUGAUUUUCUAAGUUAGUGUUUAUUUAUUAUUAGCCUUAUAAAUUAGUACGAUUUAUCAUAUUUAUAAAUAUUUAUAACUUUUCUUUCUAAGAGUUAAAAAAAAAAGAAAAAGAAAAAACAGAAGUUGCGAUUUCUUAUGGAAAUAGAUUACAAAAUAAAAAAUAGGAAAUGAUUAUAAUUUUCAAUAACUUAUUUUAAAAAAAUUAACACCAAAUAAGCCUAAGAAACUUUUCUCUCAAUGACUUUAGAGAAUUAAUGUCUAAUAUUAUGUAUAUUUGUUUCAUCCAUUGAAAAUGUGUUGAAUUUUUUUCAUUCUAUAACAAAAUCUUUAUUUAGUUAUUUUUAAAUUUAUUUAAUUUUAUUGGUACAAACACCUUGAUGACUAAUUCUUUUAUCUCAAUCUAUUAAAUUGAAUAAAGUUUUAAAAUAUGGGAGUUUCUUGGUUACCUAACUUUUUACUAUUAAAAUACCAAUUUUUGGCCCUAAAAAGAACACCAGAAAUGUUAUGUGAAAUAAGUAUUUUCUCUUUUUGUUGCAAUCGUUUUUUAAGAUAGUAAUGGAAUUAUAUGUAAAAGUUACAUUAUUAUUAUUACCAUUUGUAUAUUGAAGUUCAUAAAUCUUUGUGUAUGUAAUAAUUACAAUGGUAUAUACAAUUCGUUUUGUUUCAUUUUAAUCCUUCUUUCUUUUUAUUUGGAUCUUAUAAUCUUGAUAAAAAGCAAUUAUUUUUAUUUUUGUUUAUAUUUUCUUUGUAAAGGAUCAAAGUGGCCGAUCUUUUUUGAAGUAAAGAGACUAAAGUGAAUCAAAAUUGAGAGUACAUGAAAGCAAUAAUAAAGGAAUGGAAGUAAGUAAUUUCGAACACAAAUUUUAAAAGCAAAACAUAACAUUUUGCACAUUUGAUUGAGUAAAAAGGGAAGAAAUACAACAAUGUUUUGAAACACAAAAGUCACAAAAUGAGAAACAAAAGUAAGAAAUGACUUUUAUUUUGAUAUGUGAUUUUGGUUCCACAAAAGAAAGAAGAAGAAAGAACAAAAAGGCCUGAAGAAUAUAUAGAUGAGACGAAUCUCACAUAAUGAGAGCACUCAUUUCCUUUCCCCACAGAGACACAAACUUGAUGAUGAUUGUCAUGAAAUGAGUUGGACACCAACACACAAGCUUUAAUUUAGAAAGCUCCUCUAGUAAUGGCAUCUUCAUUGGCAUUGCCAAGAGCAGCCUCAUUCAAAUAAGUUUCAGCCAAUUGCACCCUCUUCACGUUCUCUUGUUCUUGAACCAACAUGCUACCAUACUCCAACAGCUUUUGAAGUGUCAUUGCUGGCUGCUCGAACUUCGGUGGUGGCUCUUUUGAGUUCACAAGCUUCUUCCCAAUAGCCUGGACUCCAACUGCGACGACCCACUUCCUUACUUCGUCAUCGUACACUCUCGCCCUUAGAGCACCGAAGAAAUC